AUGCAAACCUCUAAAAGUUGUUCUUCUGAACAUUCCAAAUCAGAACUAUUAUCGCCUAGGGAUAUGAAACCAAAUGAGACCAUAAAAUCGUCAUUAUCAGAGGGCGAUAAACAAAACAGUAAUAUUUCACCGCAAGAACAAGUCAGUUCAAACGAAGCAAAAGCAACAUACAAGCCCACUGAAAUAUCAGAAUCAUAUAUUAAUGUUCCUUUCAAAGAUAUGGGUAAAUUCUCCUUUCAUAUUCGAGAUACAAUAGCUGCUAUAAUCGCAAGUGCUACGUAUACUACAUUAGGUUUUAUUGAUCAUUUCACUGAUAACUCUGAUAUCGGUAAAGAAUUCAUCAAGUAUGUAAUAUAA